AUGCUCAUUCCACGACGCAGUCAAAACGGCCAGGUCUCUCUGCGCCUCUGGCCAAUCUUGUUGCUGGCUACACUGGCCUCUGGACGUCCAUCUUCAUACUAUGUCGAUUGCGGGGCAUCCUCGCCGGGCAACGGCACCGUUGAAGGGCCUUGGAACUCUUUCGAUGAACCCAAUGAGUUCGUUUUCGCACCAGGCGACACUCUGGCUCUCAAGUCCAACGUCACCUGCAAGGGAAUCUUGUCUCCGAAGGGGAGCGGCACCUCGAGCCAGCCCAUACGACUGACAUCGUACCCAAUCGACUCGAUCUUGGGUCCGCCAGUCAUUCAUGCAAACGGAGCCAACUCAUCACUGUUGCUCACGAACCAAGACCACUGGCGCAUCACCAAGAUUGCCUUCACCAACCCGGCGAGCAACGUUGCCAGGCGCCAAGGGAUCACGAUCCUCGCCAAUGACGGGGCUGUUCAUUACGGCAUCACGAUCGAGGACAACACGAUCUAUGACGUGGCAGGGCAGACCAACAAGACUGGCGAGCUCAGUUCUGACUUUGCCAACUCGGCCGGCAUCCUCCUCAGCGCCAUCAAUGGGAGCCGCUAUGACGGCGUAGCCGUUCGGGACAACACGAUCAAAGACUGCGGCGGCGGCGCCAUGAAGAUCCGGCCCGGCCAGAUCGACAACCAGGGCAGCAACAUCCGCGUGUCCUACAACAAGAUGGACGCCUGCGGCGGCGACGGCAUCGUCGUGCAGUACUCCGAUGCGCCGAGCCUGGACCACAACGUAGCGUCGAACCUUGGCAAGGGCAAGUACCCCUGGAAGGGAGGCAACUUUGCCGGUAUCUGGGUCAUGGCCUCGCACAACCCCGUCAUGCGGCACAACGUCGUGUACGGGAGCAUCAUGAACCUCCACGACAGCACGGCGUUUGACUGCGACUGGGGCGUUACGGGCACAUGCAUCGUUGAGUAUAACUACAGCCACGACAAUGCCGGCGGCGCGUUCCUCGACUGCGACGGCUGUGGCGUCUCCGGAGGCGCGAGGCAGAUUGUUCGCUACAACAUUUUCGAGAACGACUGCCGCAUGAUCAGCGUGUCGGAGAACUCGACGCUCGAGUUCUACAACAAUGCCAUGUACUGCGCCGACAGGGACUUUGAGCUGCAACUGCCGCAGAACGCGACCAAGAUGACGAACAACAUCUUUGUCGGGCGUGAGAAUGCAACCCUGCCUGUGGCCAGCAACAUCGUAUGGGAAAACAACCUGUUUCAUGGUUUGAUGCCGCCCACUGAAGACGGGCACCUCGGCGACCCGCUCUUCGCAAGCCCACGCACUCGCGGAAGCACGCUGGGGGCAGGAUUUGGGUACAAGUUGCGGGCAGGCUCUCCAGCCAUAGGAAGCGGCAUUGCGAUUAAGGACAACGGGGGUAAGGACUAUUUCGGUAGGAGGCUGGGUGGUGCUACGAAUCCCAACAUUGGACCCUAUAGUGGCAAAGGCAUCAAUUGA